AUGGACCGAGAGGCUAUACCUGAGAUUGAGCAUGACAAGAGGACAUUUAACGAUGAUAGCUCACCAGGAUCGCUCCCAUAUUGGCUUGUGAAUGUCCCCCGUUCCGAAUGGCCUGCUGAAUGCCCUGAGUAUCUGCGCGACUUGGUUCCUAAAUCGAUCAAGUGUCUAUCGACGCCGGAUGAAGCGUACAAGAGGCAGGACUGGGAAUUGGUGAAGGAGAUAGUAGGAACAAACCAUAUCGAACGUUUCCAGCGCGUGCCGUCCGAUCUCCGUAGGUACCUAGAGUAUACCGCUCAGAUCAAAAAGAAAUAUGGAUCUGUUAUGGACUUCAUUGUCAAAAAGAGGCUGCACUGGGGCGAGGGGAGACCGCAGGAUCUCAAACCAAAAGGGCGCCCGUUCGAGUGCGAUGAGGAUAUUAAGAUUUUAUAUAACGACUGGCCUUAUGGGGUCGAGACGGACAUCAUUCACCUAGUUGUUUGGGUCAAAUUCGAUCUCGAGGACGACCCCGCAACCGACGACCUCACCCCGAAAGCGCGACAAGAGAUCGAGGAGUACGUGCAGAGGACUUUCUGCUCGCGCAUACCACGUGAAGAGAUUGUUUGGUUCAAGAAUUGGAAGUCCCUGAAAUCGGUCCACGCCAUCGAGCAUUUCCAUGUCAUGAUCCACAAUCCUGACAUGGAUUUUGUGAGGGAGCUCACCCACGGGGAUAUGCCUCUUAUUGAGAGAGUAAAGAACGGCGAAUCGGGGUUCUGA